AUGCCGACUCCAUCGGAAACCAAGCCGCUUCUCUACACAGAGUUCCCACCGCUCCAUGACGACGAAGCGGUCGCGCCACAGGAGGGCACGGUCGUGACGUCCUACCUGGGUUUAAUGAGCACGAUGGCGGGAGCAUGCAUCCUGACUCUUCCCAGUACGAUGCAAAUGACGCCGGUCUUGCCGUCGUCGGUGCUCUUGGUCACGUUUGCUCUUCUCGCGUACGCAGGAUGCGUGUGCAUCUGCAUUGCGUGCGACGGCAGCGGUGCGACGUCCUUUGAAUCCCUUGCCAAGCGUCUGCGUCAUCCGUUCCAACUGUGGAUCGUGCGUGGGCUCGUCAUGAUGCUCCUCUUUGGCGCAGUUGUUAUGUACGUUGUGAUUGCAACCGACAUGCUGCAGCCGUUCCUUCCUUUCCUCUCGCGCUUCGUCCUCGGUGGCCUCUUUGCCGGCAUUUGUCUCCCGCUCUGUCUUCCCGACACCGUCGCCGCUCUCAAGUAUACCAACUCGGUCGUAGUCUGCUGCGUGCUCUACAUUGUCGUCGUCCUUUUGCUCCAAGCAGUGUCCCAGGAGAACCCGUGGCCGGCCGAACCCGUGUCGCCCAUUACGUUUCGUGGCGUCGCGUACACCGUGCCGAUUCAAGCACUGAGUUACUGCAUGCACCUCAACAUCCCGCAAGUUUACAGCGAGCUGCAGCACAAGCCAUCCAUGACCAAAGUGUUUGCCCUCCUCUUCGGUUCGGGCGUCGCGCUAUACUUGACCGCGGCGCUGGCUGGUUAUGCUUGCUUCCACGGGUUUCCCCCGGCCGAUAUCUUGACAGGGUUUGCCGCCGACAACCCGACUAUCAACGGCGUUCGGAUCGCACUGGGUCUCUGCAUGAUCUGCAAAACUCCCAUCACGUACCAGCCCCUGCGCGAUGUCAUGGAGGACAUGGCGGAUGGCAUGUUUCCGAAGAUGCCGUUCCGCAUCGCGGCGACGUCGUCGUUCCUGAUUGCGACGUGGAUUCUGGCCGUGACUGCCAACGACCUGGGAUACGUCAUGGACUGGGUCGGUGCGACGGCGGGGAUUUUGCUCUCGUUUGGGUUUCCAGGCUUGUUUUUGUGGGAAAUGCUCGAACAAGACUACCACCAGCAAGAGUACACGCCGACGCAGAUCCGAUGGUACAAAGUGCUCGCUGCCUUUAUGAUCUUCACGGGAGUCUCGCUCUCCACCAUCUCGAUCAUCAAGAUGGUUUGGUUUUACUAG